AUGCGUUUUAUUUUAGAAAAUUUGCCUUUAAAGGUGCCACAACAAGCAGACGUCCCUGUUCACUUUUCAUCUAUUUGGAGGUGGCGUUCGGUUGCACCUUCUCCUCGAGGAGUUCAAAAUAAUUGGUUAUUGCGUGGGGCACCGGGGACUUAUAACUGCACUUUUGAACGAGUUCCUAUUAGGGCCCCCGGCUCACGCCCCUUCUUACAAAGCUCUGGUCGGCAUCUACGCCAUUUCAAUGCCUCCCAGCCACGUUUAUCUGCGAUUCGAUUAAAUUUUCCCUCGAAGAAGAGACGUCGGGGCUCAAACUACAUUAAAAGGCCUUCUCUUAACCCAAGUGACCCAUUAAAUCUUCAAGAUCUAAUGAAUGAGACAGACAGACGCCGAACCGAGGGGUUGUCUCCACUUCAUGGCGAUUCUCGCCUCAAUACCCCUGCACUGAGCAUCAGUGGUGAGCUCAGCUGUAGCAGUCCUGCUGCUGGAGAAUCAUUGACUUCGAAUUGGACCCAAAUGGUUCUCAAGCGUGCAAGAAACAGGGAAGCGACUCCUUUUCGUGGUCGUGGGUCCUUUCCAAGAAGUACGAGACGAAUGCGAUGGCAAGGAAAGCGUCUGCCCAUAACAGGCAACUAUCCAGAUUAUUACUGUCGGCGAGAUCCGGAUGAGCGAAUUAAAGUUCUUAUGCCAGAGUGGUUCUCUAACAGUGAUGUUGCCGACUAUGGGUGCCACAAUGGAACCCUGACUUUCAGAAUCCUUGAGAAGUUCCCUGACGUACACAAAAUCGAUGCAUUUGAUUGCGAUGCUGAGCUUAUUGAAAACGCAAAGAAUAUGCAACGAGAGAGAAUUCGUUGGGGACCUCAAAGUAGCUCAAAGUUUGAGAAGAUAAACUUCCAGGUGGCCGACUGGAGUGAAUCUAUAUCUACCGAUGACGAUCCUACAUAUAAUACUAUACUCGCCUUUAGUGUUACCAAGUGGAUUCACCUAAACUAUGGCGAUGCUGGGUUGAUGCGCUUCUUUCGUCGGGUAUUUAACCUCUUGAAGCCUGGUGGACACCUUUUGCUCGAACCCCAGCCAAAGGCUUCUUAUAAGAAGACCCGGUUUACGGCCAAGCAACAGGAGAAUUUCAAAACUUUGACAAUCGAUCCAUCGAAUUUAGAACCCCUUCUCCUCGACAUCGGUUUUUCUUACUUUGAUAAAAUUAAGGUUCCGCGCCCAAACGAAGCUUUUCAGCGGAGCAUUAUACUUUGUUCUAAGUCUUACGGCGCAACACCUUCAUCAAUACGGAACGACUGCCGUGAUGAAGCUCACUUAUGGAGGGGUUCCCCCGCUCUUUCUGACCUUUCCGGGGCACCUGUAGGGCCACCUCCCGUUAGGUACUGUCCCCAGACACCUAGCUACUCAGUCGUAUCUCCUGCAACACACACUGCCGACCCCACGUCUGAGUUGUUAGGCCCUACGCCAACUAUUAAUAUCCCUAGUGAUUGUUUCCAGUCCGAAGUUAUCACAAGCACGGUGUCCUGUGCUCCCAGCUCAACUAAUCCCGACUCUACUCCCGGCGAAGCUACUCCGCGUAUCCCAUUCAAUGACGCGGAAGCCGCUGAUGGCGCUGACAAUUCAGGGCCCGACUCCACAUCACAACAUUAA